UAAUUAGCGUAGUCUUAUCGUUGAACCGCGGUCUACUUGGGCUGGGUGAAAUUGAAGUUUAAACCCUAACUCUUCAAAUUUGUCAGAAUCGUAAUCUCACUACUGGCCUUCCGAUUUGCAACGGACGUAAUUUUUUUGAGGAAUCGUGCGUCGUGGUCAAUUGCUACUGCAAUUUUCUUCUGCGAGAGGAGUUCGUACUGUUUCGGGUCGCAGGGGCCACAUUCGGAAGAUUUGGGUUCUGUAGAUCCAGGAUUUACUCCAGACCUUGACAUUUUUAGAGGGUUAAUGAUGAAAAGCACCGAGCGAAUUGCGAACUUAGCUUUGGCUGGUCUAACAUUAGCACCACUUGUUGUGAAAGUAGAUCCAAAUCUAAAUGUUGUUUUGACAGCAUGUCUCACUGUGUUUGUGGGUUGUUACCGAUCUGUCAAACCAACUCCACCUUCAGAGACAAUGUCUAAUGAACAUGCCAUGCGAUUUCCUUUUGUUGGGAGUGCAAUGUUGUUAUCGCUUUUCUUGCUAUUCAAGUUUCUAUCAAAGGACUUGGUGAAUGCUGUACUGACAUGCUACUUCUUUGUACUGGGGAUUGUUGCUCUUUCGGCAACAUUAUUACCGUCUAUAAAACGAUUUUUGCCAAAGCAUUGGAACGAGGAUACUAUUAUCUGGCAUUUUCCAUAUUUUCGCUCCUUGGAGAUUGAGUUUACAAGGUCACAUAUGGUUGCUGCAGUCCCUGGGACUUUUUUCUGUGCAUGGUAUGCUCUGAGGAAGCAUUGGCUGGCAAAUAAUAUAUUGGGUCUUGCCUUUUGUAUUCAGGGAAUUGAAAUGCUUUCUCUUGGGUCUUUCAAAACUGGUGCCAUCCUUUUGGCCGGGCUGUUUGUAUAUGACAUUUUUUGGGUUUUCUUCACCCCAGUUAUGGUCAGCGUUGCAAAAUCAUUUGAUGCUCCUAUAAAGCUUUUGUUUCCUACAUCAGAUCCUGCAAGACCAUUUUCGAUGCUUGGACUUGGUGACAUUGUAAUCCCUGGGAUUUUUGUAGCACUGGCCUUGAGGUUUGAUGUGUCUAGAGGAAAACAGCCACAGUAUUUCAAGAGUGCUUUUUUGGGAUACACUGCUGGCUUGGUGCUUACAAUUAUUGUAAUGAACUGGUUUCAGGCUGCUCAGCCUGCUCUUUUGUAUAUUGUUCCCGCUGUAAUUGGAUGUUUGGCUGCUCAUUGCAUAUGGAAUGGCGAUGUCAAACAGUUGCUUGAGUUUGAUGAGUCCAAGGCUACUGCUCAUUCGUCUGAAGAAGAAACUGAUGUUAAAGCUAGCGGCAAGAAGGUUGAAUGAAGUCGAGGCGCAUUCAAUACAUAUACUUCUCGAGUGAAAGGGAAAAGGAAAAGAAAAGAAAAGAAACUGUUAUCCAAGUUGUCUUAAAAAGCUAACUUAUUCAUCAUGACAGGUGUAAUAGAUUUUGUGAUUUAAGAAAUUAAUGUUGAUUCAGUCUA